GGAAUUUAGGAGGAAGACAGCAGACCGCAAUAAAGCUGCAGUGACUGAUCCAGUGAUCCCGACAUGGCUGCUUCACAAUAAUAAUAACAAGGAGAAGAAGAAGAAGAGGACUAAGCCAAACCCAGAAACACGGGAUUUGACGCAUAACGGCGGCGGGGAGGGAGGGAGAGGGGGGUUUGUUCCGGGCGCGCACGCAGUGACAGUCACGGGCUUUAAGGUGAAGCGGAAGCGACCUGCGCGCUGGGCAGAUCUGAUGGAGCUCCGCGUUUGAUCUCACCGGAAACGCCCGAGUGUGAGCACGAGCGGAAGGUAAAGAUCUCAUACACCACUGGAACCUCACCUCUGUCUGAGGGCUCGAGCCCCUUCAGUGGAUCCACACACCGCAGCUGAAGAUCUGAGGGACCGAACUCAUCCCCAAUACCGAAGUGCGCUUUGAAGUGCACUAGAGGAACCUGCACGCGCCGCAAUUUAUAGGCGACGCUUUCAAACCAGUUACGUCGAGAUUGCAGCCGCUGCUGUACUGAUAAUCAGCCCCGGCAUGGUUUUCUCCUCACUGCUAUCCUGAGCCUUGUGAGGCUCGGGGGUGUGUCAGAGGCUCGGAGUUUCGGCAUGUCAGAGGGUCCAGGCACACUGGAGCGCACCAUGCUGCAGACGGGAUUCACGACGGGCAGCGAUCUACUUCGGAAUCUCAGAACCGAGAAUGGCAGUAUGCAUACCACCACUGACAUUCCAACCACUGCACCUCAGGCACCCAACAUCGUGGCGAUCGUUGUGCCAAUAGUGGUAAUCCUGGGGCUCAUAUUGAUAGGAGUGCUGGUCUUCUUGUUCUUCAUGGUGAGGAAGAAGAGGCAGACGGAGGGAACGUACAGGCCGAGCGCUGAGGAGCAGACGGGUGCACGCAGCGUCGAGGCACCGAACGCCCUCAAACUGCCCAAAGAAGAGAGACUCAUCUAACACACACUCGGUGCUGCCAGGACGUGGUGUCGAAUGCACCAAACAUUUCACUAAACGAGUCUGAUUUCUUUCAACGCCUGAAGCUGUUGCUUGUUUUUGUUGCUACACUAAAGGCUCAUGAUGAGGAUCUCCGUCAAAAAAACACGCCCAUCGUUCUUUCCUGUGAUGCACUACAAAGAAAAGAGCUGCAGCGAGACGUCGUCGAGUCGUCUAACACCUGGUUUCAUUGGUUCCUGAACUGAAAACCAAGACCUGAUCUUCCCUACUAGCUUGAGGUGUGAUUACUUUUGGAUUUUUUUUCAGACAAGACUUUUUUUCCUGUUUUUGUUCGUGAAGUCUUGCUUUUGUCUGCUGCUCUACUCGUAUGCUGUUAUUCAAAGACAAUUUAAAAAAUUUUUUUUUUAGAUUUUUUUUAGCUUUAUUAUUGGAUAGGACCGUGUAGAGACAGGAAAUGAGCAGGAGAGAGAGACGGGGAGGGAUCGGGAAAUGACCUCGGGUCGGAAUCAAACCCGGGUCCCUGGAUUUAUGGUAUGGCGCCUUAUCCACCUGAGCUACGAUGCCCCCCCCAAAAAAAAUGUUUUUAAAAGAUUAUACUGUAUCAACGUUGAUCCAGAUAUCUUUUUUUUUUUUUUAAAUGUUUUUAGGUUAGUUAAAACUGAAACCACUAGGAUUCACCACGCGUGAUUUUUAUUUACCUCACAUUUUAUUAUUCAUGAGAAUUCACACACCUGAUUUUCAAGAAAUAUCCACAGUGGAACAAUCGCACUUGUUUUAAUCAAAUUCAUGAUGAAUGUAUUCGUGAUGUACUUUAAACAAAAAAAAAAACCACACACGCAAAUCAACGUUAGCAUUAAUGAUCAUCUUUUGGACCUGAAGAUCAAGUUGUGUAAAGGAUAGAUUUGGUUUUCAAUUUCAUCCCUUGUAUCUGAUCCUUUCACUGUGGUUAUGUACACACAAAGCAUGGACUUUCAAACAAAGGAUGAACGCUUGAGUACAUCUCGAACUCCAUCUCUAAACAUGCAGAACUGAUGGAGAGAUAGAGAAGAAAACCAAAUAUGAGCUGAUCCUGCUGGUUAAACGCAGCAUAAACACGGCAUACGGCAUUUCAAGGAGAGAAGCUUUAUAGUUGUAUGUAUGACUUUGUACACUGACAAAGAAAACAGAUAUUAAAUUAUAAUUUAAUAAGA